AUUUUCCCGGACGACUUGCCAAGUGGACUGCCACCCAAACAACCCCAGGACCACAAAAUCGAGCUGGAGCCCGGCGCGCAGCCCACUGUACACACACAAUGGCGCCUGACUCAACCGGAGCUACAGGAACCACGAAACCAGCUGGACUACCUAAUGGCGAAAGGGUUCAUUCGGCCGAGCACGUCACCGUUCGCAGCACCGAUCCUUAACGAAAAAAUUGCGCUACCCAAUCCCACGCACGGACGAACUGAUCGACAACCUUCGCGGAGCUUGCCUAUUUUUCGAAGAUCGACCUUCGCGGCGGUUACCAUCAAAUUCGGGUGUUCGCUGACAAUUGCCACAAGACCGCGUUUUCGUAUUCGCUACGGGGAGUUACGAAUACACGGUGAUGCCGUUUGGAUUAACGAACGCCCCCUCAAACGUUCCAACUCACCCAUGAACUGUGGUGUUCCGCGAUCUACUCGACAAAUGCGCGAUAAUUUACCUGGAUGGAUCCUGAUCUACAGCAAGACCCAGGCGCAACAAUUAAAGGACCUCGAAGCGGUUUUUCAGCGGCUGCAGCAGUAUCGUCUCAUCACCAAGGGCCUCCAAGGUGCGAGUUUUUUAAAACAGGAACUGGAGUUCCUGGGGCACGUGAUCUCCACGGAGGGAAUUCAAAUAAACUCGCAAAAAUCUCCUGGCUAUUCAGGAGUGGAAAUCGCCAACAAAUCUGCAGCAGCUGCAAUAAUUUUUGGGCUUUGUGAAUUACGUGCGGUGGUUUAUACCCAACAUGGCAGGGUUAACUGGACCUCUAGCCGACCUACUUCAGAAGGGGAAUCUUUAUGAGUGGGGGAGAAGCAGCAAGCUGCGUUCGAGGCAUUAAAAAAUCUUUUAAUGU